GCACCCUUUUAAACCACUUUUCCAUUUGUGUGAAAUUUAAACAAUGAUUCUGGUGCUCCUUGCACUCAAUUAUUAUUUGAUAACACUAUAGUUGUUGGUGUGCUGUUCUCUAGGAAAAUACUCAAUAAGAGUGAAGAGCCCACAGUGAAAUCUCCAACAAAUUAGUGAUACCUGAGAUGUUAAUUUUGACGUAUUACACACAAGCCUGAGAUGUUAAUUUUGACGUAUUACACACAAGAGUACAAUAGUCCAUGCUUUAUACUUUUUACUUGUUGAGAGGGAAAUAAGCUCAUGUUUUUUGCUCAAUCUUACUCUAUGCUCCUGUUUCUAGGACUUAAACAUUUGAAGUGAACUAUGUUGUUAUUGUUGUUACGUGCGUUAAUGUGAGAUAGCUUCAGAACGAUCUAUAUUUUGAAAAGCAUUCAAGAAAGCCGUGAUAUGUUGGUACUCUGCAGGGAAGUUUAUAGUUGUCAUUGGUAUUAAAUACUUCCUAAUAUGGAGAACUAAGUAAUCGUUAACUGAGGGAUGAUGCCAUUUGUGUUAAUUUGUGUGUUUCGGGUACUAAUGUUUAGUUGUGGUUUCCUGAUUGACUCUUUCUCUUGUGACUGUGUUUGCAGUUUGAGCUGAAGGAGGUUACAGCAAUUAUGCAAGACUUUGAGAAACCUGGAACCCUAGCUCCAACCGGCUUGCAUUUGGGGGGAGAAAAAUACAUGGUGAUUCAAGGUGAACCUGGGGCUGUUAUACGAGGAAAGAAGGGACCUGGUGGCAUCACAAUUAAGAAAACAGGCCAGGCUUUGCUUGUUGGAAUAUAUAACGAGCCCAUGACUCCUGGACAGUGCAAUGUGGUUGUUGAAAAGCUUGGUGACUAUCUUAUUGAUCAGGGUUUCUAGUCACACCGGUAUGUUUCUUUCUUAGUUUACCCCCCCCCCCCUCCUCCCUCCCUCCCCUCCUCCCCCUCUCUCUCAAACAAAUAAAGACAAUUUGGUUUCGUAGUCCCUCUCUCUCUCUCUUACACAACUUGAGCAAGUUUGGUUAACUUUUUGUGUCUGUUAAGUCCUCUCUCAACACACUUACUCUGCAUAACAGAGGAUGAAAAUUGGGACUGAUGGGGACGACUAAAACCCCGCCACUGUGGGGGACAAAAAUUGACAAUGAGAGAUUUGAUACAAAAUGGCACGAGUGAGGGACUAUAAAAGCAAAUCGCUGACCAAAAAUGCUCCCCAGCUCCGUCUUAUAAAAAGAGUAGUAUUUUUUCAACAUAUUUUGGUCCCAUAAGAAGAGCCAAAUUUGUAGAAAAUGCAUGAAUUUUCAAAUCAAAUGCUUUUAAAGAAAAAGUACACGCCUCACAAGCUAAAAACGUUACAUUUUAGUAGUUAAAGUGACAGGUAUAUUUGAUGAUUUCUAUCAGUUGCAUCUCACCAAAGUUUACAAGGUUUACAGCUGAACAUUUUAAGUAUAGUGUGCUCCAUUAUUUCGAGCACUAACAACUCUAUUACAAUCGUAGUAGUAUGUGUUCAUAAAUCGUGUUCCCAUUUAUUUGCAGUGGAUUAGUGUUCUACUACUACUGCUGCUGCUGCUGCAUAAUCAAAGCCAAAAUAUCAUGGGAGAAGUUUGUGUGUGCCUACCAAAGGGAGAUAGAGGAUUGAGAUAAAUCUUCUAAUUAUGUAUGAAACUCUUUUUUUUUUUUAAUUAUGAUACAGAAGUAUAAAUUGGGUUUUCCUAUUUUGGUCCAUAUUUUUUUUCCCUCUUUUUUUUUCUUGACAAUAUGGUUUCAUGACUUAUAUUUGGGGUAUCAUGUUAUAUUACGUGGAAUGAAAAAAUACAUUGGAUUUUACUGGUUCGCCUCUCUUGUUGAAUGGGUCAGAGGUCUUUCGACUUUCCAAAACUUUUGAUGGAAUGAAACACUCUACGUUGG